GGGAGAAAAAGUAUAAAUUAGAAAAUUUUCAAGUAUUCUAGCACAGUUUUAUCCUGCUGUUCUUUAGAAAAAACAGAAUGAAACUUCUUACCUUCUUCGCAGCUGUCCUGAUGACAGUCAGUGCUUCUACUGACAAGGACCAAUGGGUGGCUUUCAAGCAAACCCAUGGUAAAACCUACAAAAGUCUACUAGAAGAAAGGACCAGAUUCGGGAUAUUCCAGAACAACCUGCGAACAAUCGAAAAACACAACGCUAAAUACGAAGAAGGCAAAGUAACCUACUACAUGGCAGUUACACAGUUUGCUGACAUGACCAGAGAUGAAUUCAGAAAGAAGCUUGGACUGCAGAACAAUAGGAGACCAAAUUUGAAUGCCACGCUUCAAGUUUUCCCUGAAGACCUAGAAUUGCCAGAACAGAUCGAUUGGACGGAAAAAGGAGCAGUUUUGCCUGUGAAAAACCAGGGCAAUUGUAGAUCUUGCUGGGCUUUCAGUACUACUGGAUCACUGGAAGGUCAAAACGCUAUUCACAACAAAGUGAAGACUCCCCUAAGUGAGCAACAACUUCUGGAUUGUUCUGCCAGUUAUGGAAAUGGUGAUUGUGAUGACGGUGGUCUCAUGACUGAAGCUUUCGAUUAUAUUAUAGACAACGGAAUUGAGGCAGAAUCUUCUUACCCCUAUGUAGAACAAAUGACUGAAUGCCAAUACGAUGCCAAGAAAACCAUUGUUCAAAUAAAGGGAUAUAAGAAAUUGCUAGCGGAUGAAGAUGAACUCAAAAAAGCUGUAGGAACUGUCGGUCCCAUAUCAGUGGGAAUGAGCUCUGAAAAUUUGCAUAUGUAUGGUGGAGGAGUCCUUGAUGAUCAAUGUUAUUUUGGCAUGGAUCACGCUGUUCUUGUUGUUGGAUAUGGUGAAGCCAAUGGAAAGAAAUUUUGGAAAGUGAAAAAUUCUUGGGGAACAACUUGGGGAGAAGACGGAUACUUCCGAAUUGAAAGAGAUGCCGAUAAUUUGUGUGACAUUGCUUCUAUGUGUUCAUAUCCUAUUCUCCUCUGAAUUUUAUCUAUAUUCCAUGUAGUUGAUAGUUUUAGUUUUGAAAAAAUAUGCAUAUAAUCAUUACUUUCAGAGAAGUUUUAGAUAUACCACUCAUAUAGCAAAAUACAUAUUCAAAUAAAGUCUACAUGAAAUUUUUCCACUGUCUUGUAUAUACAAAAACGAUAUAAACAGUGUGUGUGACACAUCAGGCUUUCAUUAAAAGUUAACAAAACA